UUCACUUUUGAGACAUUAGUUUCCGAUCCUCAGCUUGUCUUCCCACGUUAGAAAUGUCUGUUUCUACACCUCUCCUUUGGUAAAUUGCCUUUGGUGGACCAUGUGUCCUCCUGGGGAAAGGAAGUACUGGGCUAGACCGGGGGUGACUGUGCUUUAGCAGUGUGCAGAGCUGGGGACAUAGCAAUAAGAGUCAUCGCUUUUAAUUUGAAACUCUUUAAAGUCAGAAGAGGAUGGCCCUUUAAAGAGUAGAAUUCUCAGAGCACCCCUGAUUAUUAAGGCUCAUGGAAUUCUACCCACAGGGGGCUAGCGGCAGAGGCCUGUGUGGUUGGACGGAUGCCAUUGACUAGGACAGAUGUUCCCAGGGAGCGUUCUGUCAAGUGUUUGAGCAGCCCGUUCUGUUUGAUAGGGGAGGGUGCACAAUGGCUUUUAAUGUCAUCCGAUGUUGUGAUUUCAUUCCUCCGUCCAACUGCCGUUCACAACUGCCCUUUCCAACUGCUCCAGAACUCUUGGCCCCGGCAUUCCGUGAUGUAAAUUAUUCCACGCAUGGCUCGAAAUGGGCGCGAAGCAGUGUUGCCAGGUGUCGGAUCACUAGUUUGUCAUGGAUGAUGAUGAUGACUCGUGUCUCCUUGAUCUUAUUGGAGACCCACAAGCAUUGAACUAUUUUCUCCAUGGACCUAGUAAUAAAUCUAGCCGCGAUGACUUGACUGCCGCGGGGUAUUCUGCAGCCAACUCAAACUCAAUUUUCGCCAACUCCAGUAAUGCUGAUCCUAAGUCAUCCCUCAAAGCUGUAAGCAACCAGCUUGGAGAAGGGCCCAGUGAUGGACUGCCACUUUCAAGUAGCCUUCAGUUUCUUGAAGAUGAACUUGAGUCUUCUCCUCUUCCCGAUCUCAGUGAGGACCAACCUUUCGACAUUCUUCAGAAAUCCCUGCAGGAGGCCAACAUCACCGAGCAGACCCUGGCAGAGGAGGCGUACUUGGACGCCAGCAUAGGUUCAAGCCAACAGUUUGCACAAGCCCAGCUUCACCCUUCUUCAUCAGCAUCCUUUACUCAGGCUUCGAAUGUUUCGAAUUACUCAGGUCAGACGCUGCAGCCUAUAGGGGUGACUCACGUGCCUGUUGGAGCCUCAUUUGCAAGCAAUACAGUGGGUGUGCAACAUGGCUUUAUGCAGCACGUGGGGAUCACUGUGCCCAGCCAGCACCUGUCGAAUAGCAGUCAGAUUAGCGGUUCUGGUCAGAUACAGCUAAUCGGGUCAUUUGGUAAUCAGCCCUCCAUGAUGACUAUCAAUAACCUAGACGGAUCUCAAAUCAUACUGAAGGGCAGCGGGCAGCAAGCCCCGUCAAACGUGAGUGGCGGACUCCUGGUUCACAGACAGACUCCCAAUGGCAACUCCUUGUUUGGGAACUCCAGUUCCAGUCCAGUAGCACAGCCUGUCACCGUUCCAUUUAACAGCACAAAUUUUCAGACGUCCCUGCCCGUGCAUAACAUCAUCAUACAGAGGGGUCUCGCACCAAAUUCAAAUAAAGUCCCGAUUAAUAUCCAGCCAAAGCCUAUCCAGAUGGGUCAGCAGAAUACGUACAACGUGAACAAUCUGGGACUACAGCAGCACCACGUGCAACAAGGGAUCUCUUUCGCCUCCGCCAGCUCACCCCAGGGCUCCGUCGUUGGUCCGCACAUGUCUGUGAACAUUGUAAACCAACAGAACACAAGAAAACCAGUCACCUCACAGGCCGUGAGCAGCGCCGGGGGCAGCAUCGUGAUUCACUCUCCCAUGGGCCAGCCUCACACACCCCAAAGUCAGUUCCUCAUACCCACAAGCCUUUCCGUCAGUUCCAACUCGGUUCACCACGUCCAGACCAUAAAUGGGCAACUGCUUCAGACUCAACCUUCUCCGCUCAUCCCUGGCCAAGUGGCCUCAGAGCAUGUCAUGUUGAACAGAAACUCUUCCAACAUGCUCAGGACCAACCAACCGUAUUCUGGACAGAUGCUGAACAACCAGAAUGCCGCCGUCCAGCUGGUGUCUGGGCACACGUUCGCCGCCUCGGGAAGCCCAGUGAUUGUCAAUCAUGCCUCUCCUCAGAUCGUUGGUGGCCAGAUGCCCUUGCAGCAGGCGUCACCGACCGUCUUACACCUGUCGCCUGGGCAGAGCAGCGUGUCCCAAGGGAGACCUGGCUUCACCACCAUGCCCUCGGUGACCAGCAUGUCGGGACCUAGCCGGUUCCCUGUCGUCAGCUCAUCCAGCACGGCCCAUCCAAGCCUCGGGUCUGCGGUUCAGUCGGGCGCAUCAGGAUCAAACUUUGCGGGGGAGCAGCUGACCCAGCCAAACAGGACUCCAGUCCCGGUCAGUGCGGCUCAUCGUCUUCCAGUUUCUUCUUCCAAAUCUACCAGCACCUUCAGUAACACCCCUGGCACAGGAACCCAGCAGCAGUUCUUCUGUCAGGCUCAGAAAAAAGGUUUGAAUCAGACUUCCCCCAUUUCCGCUUCCAAGACCACAGAUGGCCUGAGGCAAGCGCAGAUCCCUGGCCUCCUGAACACCGCUCUGCCAGGGCAGGAUUCUGGAAGCAAAGUUAUACCGGUGUCCUUAGGAACCGCUCAGCCCCAGCAGGAAAAGGUGGUUGGAUCGUCUCCUGGCCAGCCAGCUGUGCAGGUGGAGAGUCACGCAGGAGGACAGAAGCGGCCUGCUGCAAAGCAGCUAACUAAAGGAGCUUUCAUUCUCCAGCAGUUACAGAGGGACCAAGCCCACGCUGUGACACCUGAUAAAAGUCAGUUCCGAUCACUAAGUGAUGCGGUGCAGAGGCUGCUCUCCUACCACGUGUGCCAGGGCUCCAUGCCCACGGAGGAAGACUUGAAGAAAGUCGACAAUGAAUUUGAAACAGUUGCCACUCAGCUCCUAAAAAGGACCCAAGCUAUGCUUAACAAAUACAGAUGCCUGCUUCUAGAAGAUGCCAUGCGGAUCAAUCCCUCUGCUGAGAUGGUGAUGAUCGAUAGGAUGUUCAACCAAGAGGAAAGAGCUUCUCUGUCCCGAGACAAGCGUCUGGCACUUGUAGACCCUGAGGGUUUUCAGGCUGAUUUCUGUUGUUCCUUCCAACUUGAUAAAGCUGCUCAUGAGACGCAGUUUGGCCGGAGUGACCAGCACGGCAGUAAAACACCCAGCGCUCUACACCUGACAGCCAAGGCCCAAAGCCGAGACCGAGCCAAGCCAGGCACGGCAGAACCGACGAAUCAUGACCAAUUUCAUCUAGUGCCUAAUCACAUCGUGGUCUCCGCAGAAGGAAACGUUUCUAAAAAAACUGAAUGCCUCGGCAGAGCACUGAAAUUUGACAAAGUGGGCUUAGCACAGUACCGGGGUGCGUCCGAAGAGAAAAGCAGCCGGAGAGAGUCCACGAAGGCCAGUGAGUGCUCCCCCGGCCCCGAAGGGCACCGGAAAACCUCAUCCAGACCCGACCACGGUACUGAGAGCAAACUCUCGAGCAUCCUAGCAGAUUCUCACUUGGAGAUGACGUGUAACAAUUCCUUCCAGGACAAAACUCUGAGGAAUUCUCCAAAGAAUGAAGUUUUACACACAGACAUCAUGAAAGGGUCAAGCGAGCCCCAGGCAGACCUCCAGCUCACCAAGAGUUUAGAAACAACAUUUAAGAACAUCUUGGAACUCAAAAAGGCUGGGCGGCAGCCCCAGAGUGACCCCACGGUUAGCGGCUCCGUUGAGUUAGAUUUCCCCAACUUUUCUCCAAUGGCUUCGCAGGAAAACUGCCUGGAAAAGUUCAUCCCGGACCACAGUGAAGGCAUUGUAGAAACUGACUCCAUUUUAGAAGCGGCUGUAAAUAGUAUCCUAGAGUGUUAAUAGCAGCAGCCCCCUCCCCCCCCCCCCCCCGGACAAGUUACAUUCUUUCCUGGCAAAAGCGAACGGAAGUGUUCUCCUGUCUCCAGCCUGCUUGAUCUUUCAUCACAGGUUAUUCUUUCUGAUCUUCAGUCCCAUUCUUUGUUUAAGAGCAAUACUCGUGGUGGUUACAGGGAGAUCCUUUCGCGAAAUUAAUCCUUGUUUGAAAGCAGUCUGAUAGGCCCUACACAUUUCAAGUGUUAGGAAAGCGCUUAUAGGCAUUUUUGUAUGUGUGUUUGUUUACUUGUUUUAUUUAAAAAACAAAACAAAACACCUUAACUCACUGAGAUCAUAGUACACUUGCCCCUGGGUAAAAUUCUGACAAUCAUUAAGUCAUUUGAAAAGAACAGACUUAUUAAAGAAAAGCAAACAGGACCGAUAGAAGCUACUCUGUGAAAGAACAUCCCACCGCGUCUCCAAAUUUUGCUUUUUUGGGUUUGUUGUUGUUGUUGUUGUUGUUGUUGUCAUCGUCGUUGUUGGAGGGGAGACCGCUCGGUUGUCCCCCUGGGCCACCUCUGAGCAGGAAGUUGCCGCGGCUCCACCAGGGAUCCCACAGCCCGAGGAAGCAGCCAGUAGCACACAAGCAGGGCAUUCCCAGGGCGUCCUUGUGCUCCGUCCGGGGGCUUUUCCGAUGCUCCUUGGGCAAAUCCUCACACUUUGUGGCAUCCGCGUGUUGCGUCUCAUCUGGGGAACGCUCUGUUCUUAGUUGCAACAGUGUGACGAGAUCAUGUCACCAGGCUAAAAUAAAGGAAAAUGGAAACCAGUUAAGUGGCACAGUGUACAGGGGCGGCUGGGAGAGAGCCUUGAGGAAUAUAAUAUGUAUAUAUAUAUGUAAAAGCAUAUAUAUGUUAACUAUUGAGAAAAAAAAGCGUUUUGCAUUUUAUAAUUGGACCUAGUCAACGUAUGCCGUACAUUUUUGUUUGUUGCUGGGUUUCCUUUCAUUUAACCUCUCCGCACCCUCUCCCACAAACAGCCAAGCGUCCAAAGCACUUUCAUUUGAAAACUGUGUUGUAAUGUUUCAGUUUAAACUCUAAGGGGACUUUGGCCUUGUUUAUUCUUCUUGUCUGAGAACAGCAGUCACCUCCUCCCCAACUGCCCCGGCAGCAAUCAUUACCAAAACACCGACAAACCAAAGUAACCAGCAAGCCCCCCCGCUGAAAGAAAAGAGCUGAGACACGGGAUUCCCACCCGAGAGCCAAAGGACAUGCCCUGUCAUGGUCUGAGUGUGGCCCGUGUUCCUAUUAGUGAACAUGACUUAUUGCUUUAUUUAUUUAUAUUUCUUUUCAGGGAGCUUUCCCCGUUUCCCUUCCUUGCAUUUGUGCCCCAGCUCAUCCCAUCUCGGCUGUUACCUUCAUCCCCGGUGUCACUGUAACCAGCCGUUCUCUCCUGUCAUUGAGGAGAAGUGACAGAACGGUAUUUCAUAUGCACUCUCCCCGACGUGCGCGUGCAUGUCUCUGAGCUGUUCGGAUCCAGAGGUCAGUCUGGUGGCGGUGUGGACCCACCCAUCCUUCCUCCCGUGUGCACGCACACUCUAUCCUGUUGAUCUCUCUGGCUUUAGGGGUUGCACCCACUGGUCUCCUCUCUGACGCAUUGCCAGCACCUGUUUCUGGCUGUUGCCAGAAUGGAGGUGACCCCCACUGUCAUCAUGUUGGGCUCUUCUUUUCCAGAUUGGCCCGCGAUGGAAAGGAAGGCUUCUGAUUAUUGGAAACACGGCAACAGAAGACCCAUACUCUCUCCCUGCCCCUCUGUCCCCGCACUCAGAGACCUCCCUCAGACAGCCAGUCUUCAUAAAAGCAAAAGUUCCUUCUCCCCACCCCCAGCCCCAGCCAAUAGAACUCGGAAAAUCUGGGCCAUUUUAGGGUUCCCAUUUUUUCCUUAUUUGUGCCAACGUCCAAGUUGCAGAUCUCCCCUUUUUUCCUGUAUUGUAACAUAUUAGAAGGAUAAGUUGGGAUUGCCAGUUGGAACUUUCUGUUUGGGCCGCCCUGGGGUAACAACCCUGCCCUGAACGCCAUGAAUUCAAAGGCUCUUCUUCUCUUAGGACUCAUGCUGCGCUCAUCCUAGCAAGACUUAAAGAUGGGCCCUCCUAAUCAAAUUCUUCUCAGAGUGGAACUUUCUACCCGGAAGCCUUCCUGUAGGCUACCUGUGAGUUACAUUAAUUACUGCCAAUCAGUGGAAUUCUUAAGAGAAGAGAUAAGCUUCAUGUACAUUCGUCACCUCCCUUUCUUCCCCAUCCUGCCUUGCUACCCCAGUCCCAGCCUUUCUAUAUACCAUCUCGAAGGGUCUUUUGAGCCCUAACACUUGUCUAGCAAAUGGAGAGCCUAAUUUACCAAAAUGAAACUUGUAAAUUUUUGUGUCCUUGUAUGUAAGUUUACUUUCUAUGGAGGAAAGAUUCUAGAUAAUGACAGAUGAAGAUUAUGAAAUGUAUUUUACUCCUGUGAUUAGGUUGUGCGCACAUGGGUCAGAACUCACAUGCGGGGCCAGAGGGCUCCGCCUCGGACGGCCAACUUUCAGUUGUUCAGGUUCACUAGUCAAGGUUGAGUUAUUAGAACUACUUGUACUUGGUAACAAAAAUCAUUUUCUCUCUUUUUUUUUCUUCUGUUGUUGUGGAAAAAGUGUGCAUUUGUUAUUAAGCAUUUGAUUUUCUGUGUCCUUAAGUACUGCCUAAAGAUAAAGCAAAUUUUAAACUGGCAAUUAUGAAAAAGAACUAUUUUAGCUCUGAAGAAUUUAGAUUUUGUUAGAUUAGGGAGGCCUUACAGACUGACUUGACUUAUAGAGGACGCGUCACUCACUGUCAGUGUGGUGUGGGCUUUAUUUGCUUAAAUACCUUCAUUUGUAUAGUAUGUCUCACUUGAAAUUGCUUUGUAUACAUUUUGUAAAAAUAUUUAUAAAAUGUUUUGUAAAAAAAAGUAUAACAAAUCGCAGUUUAUUUUGUUAUGUUGGAUAAAUACUGUUAAAAGAAACCAGUCAGUAACUAUAUUGUUAAUCCAUGGUUAGGAAAUGUUUAGUUGGAGAUUACGAAAUGAAACAACCAUUGCAAUACAGCCAAAGAUUUGGGAAAAUG